CACGUGUGAUUUAUUAUAAUAUGCAAAGUUUAAGGGUAGUUAUUAAUUUAUAAAACUAAAAAGGGUGAAAUUUAAUUAAGGUGCAAGUACACAAACACAAUCUCGGAAUUUUUCAAGUGAUAAUUGUAAAUUAAAAAAAAAAAAAGUCUAAACCAAAAAAGAUAUGCCUCGAAAAGCUGCUCCAAAUUUUUUCAUCAUUAUUUUGAUGUUACUCACACCUUACCACUGCGUCCAGGCUAAUUGGUGGUAUUUGGGUCUAGAACCUCGGCUUAAUGGAUUUGAAAGCGGUACGGGAGGUGCUGAUGGUAUAACGCAGAUUGGUGCAGGUGUUAUCGGACCCGCAAGUGCCGAAAGGAAUUGCAAAAGCUCCCACUUGACAAUCAAACAGCAGGGAAUAUGUUCACGCUCACCUCCAAUUCUACAGGCAAUCAGUGCUGGAGCUAAGCUAGCAAUUGAAGAGUGCCAGUACCAGUUCCGUUCAGCUCGAUGGAAUUGUUCAGUGAGUCCAGAAAACCCCGAAAAUAUAUUUGGUGGAGUGAUGUUAGUCAACAGUCGUGAAGCAGCUUUUGUUUAUGCAAUAUCAGCAGCGGGUGUCGCUUUUAGUAUAACUAGAGCGUGUUCGAGAGGCGAAUUAACAGAUUGUUCUUGUGACAAUCGCGUACGAGCUCGUCAUCCCAAUAAUUGGCAAUGGGGUGGUUGCAGCGAGGAUAUUCAUUUUGGUGAAAAAUUGUCAAGGGAGUGGUCGGAUGGUGCCGAGAUUCCAAUAAAAGAAGGAGAACUAAGUGGACCUAAAGGACUGGCAGGACAGCUGAUGAGAAAACACGACAGCGAAGCUGGUAGACGAGCUGUACGUUCACGGAUGCAACGUGUCUGCAAAUGUCACGGGAUGUCAGGAUCUUGCAGUGUACGAGUUUGUUGGCGAAGGCUUCCAGCAUUUCGCGGUGCAGGCUCAGCUCUUGCGGCACUUCACGAGGGUGCUGCAUUAGUACGUUUGGUACAAAGAGGCGAAAGACGACCAGCAAGACUCAGACCCGCUAGACCAGAUCUGAAGCGACCAAAUAAAACAGAUUUAGUCUACUUAGAAGACAGUCCUGACUACUGCGAGCGAAAUUUAACACUUGGUAUUCCUGGUACCCGAGGUCGAAUAUGCAAUCGUACAUCUCUGGGACUUGACGGCUGUCGACUUCUCUGCUGUGGCCGAGGUUAUCAAACUCGAGUACGCGACGUCACGGAGAAGUGCAAAUGUAGAUUUGUAUGGUGUUGUCGGGUACAGUGUGAGCUUUGUCGACACACGCGUGAGGAACACGUUUGUAAUUGAGCAUUCCCUCCUCAUCAUUCAAUUGCAAUUAAAUUAUUAGUCCACAGCGUUAAACCACGCAUUAACAAAGUGAUAAAAGAGAUAGGCAGAUUAUUAUAUCGUUUAACUAGUUCUGUCUCUUAUUCGAUUCUCAUCGGUUGUAUUUAUUUUUAUGCCGAUGCUCUUUUUUCUAAUUAUGUAUUUACAGCCUCGAGAUGGAAUCUCGAUUUAGCCAAAAUAAAAUAAGACUCCUCGUCCGACGUCAGAAUA